GCACCACCGCGCCAGAUAAAUAGGCGCCUUUAACCAGCUGAGCCGCACCAAAUGAGUGGAGACAUGGCGCGCGUCUUCUGUUGGGGAGACAGCUCCAGCGGACAGUUCCGUCCUCGGGACGCCCUGAGUCCGGCUUCGUGGACCGUGCCCGGGGACAUUACCGAGAUCUGCUGCGGGGACCAGUGCACUUUAUUCCUCACCGGGGAUGGAGGCGUUUUAUCCUGUGGAGACAACUCGCGGGGACAACUUGGACGAAAGAAACUUAAUAAGGACGAAAAGACGCCAGGUCGCGUGGAGGGUCUGGGCAAAGUGGUCUCCAUAGCUUGCGGUCGGGACCACUGUCUGGCCGUGUGUGCAUCUGGACAGCUGUUCUCCUGGGGGGCCGGAGACGACGGAAAGCGAAGCCUUUCACCAAAUCUGCUCUGCAGCCGACCGAGUCGGGUGCCGAUGCCUCUGCCCAUUGCCGUGAUUCAAGUUGCUUGUGGGAGCUCCCACUCCGUGGCGCUGACCAAAGGAGCCGAUGUCUUCUCGUGGGGUUUGAACAGUCACGGCCAGCUGGGUCUGGGGAAAGAGGUUCCGGGGCAGGACGCACCGCUCCUGGUCUGCGCUCUGAGCGGCGUGGCGGUCACCCAGAUUUCGGCCGGAGCGUCCCACACUCUGUUCCUCGCGCUGCCGGGCCCGGUGUACUGCUGUGGGGCCAAUCGAUCGGGCCAGCUGGGGCUCAACAGGGUGGAUGAGAAGGGCAGGUUCAACAUCUGUAUGGUACCUGCCCUGACGCCUCUGGGGGUCUCCUUCAUCAGCUGUGGAGAGGCCCACUCUGCUGUGUUAACGCAGGAUGGCGAGGUCUUCACUUUUGGAGAGGGAAGCAGCGGUCAGCUCGGUCACAACUCCUCUGCCAGCGAGGUCAGACCGCGACUGGUCGAGCGUCUCGACGGAGCCGCCUCUCAGAUCUCAUGCGGCAGACGUCACACUCUGGUUUUGGGCACCUCUGGCCAGCUGUGGGCUUUUGGCAAUGGAUCCAAAGGUCAAAUUGGGACGGGAAGGCCUGAGGACAGCCUAACCCCCGCGCUGGUACAAUUCCCAUGGACCACUGACAGUGCAGCAGUCGUACCCACAGCAGACUUGCAAAUAUCAGCUGGGUGGGACACAAACUUCACUUUCACUUUGCCCACACAGAUGUUGGACCGGGGACAGAUAACUGGACGUCUUGAUGAAACAAAACUGCAGAAAUGGCUGUCAAUGAGACACGGCAACGUAGUGGCAAAGAGAGAAAUAUCUUCAAUGUUCCUGACGAGUUCCAGUCUGGUUGCGAGUUUCACAAAAUCUCCCGGGCCUCCAUCCCAAGCAGACGUCCUGUCUGUGGACCUUGAAGCAGCCACCAGAGCUUUCGACCGGCUGCUGGCAGUACCGUGGAUCAAACAACACGUCCAGUUAGAAUGCCUGCUUGAGUUGCUUAUUGCAUCCAGAACCUCCCUGAAGUCCCCGGAGAUCCUCCUGGUUCUGAUGACGUGUCCCCUUUUCCAAGAGGACAGCAGUGCGAUGACUGGGGUGUUGCCGUUGGCUGUCGUCAUCGCAGAUCUGCAAGAGAAGACUCUGGAAAUACUAAAACGCAAGUGGUCUUCCCUGAAACCCGCCUUACUAAUGAGACACAUCGAGGUGUUCAGGAAGGCCCUCGCCUUCAUGCUGAGAAAUGGCCUCUUGGUGACUCACAACCCCGGAGUCAAAUACCUGCUGGAAGUCCUCAAGCUACUCUACAAAGCAAACAAAACUGGGAAGUCUCACAAAGUCGCACUGAGCACCUUUUAUGUCGAGGAAAUCAAUUCAAAUGUAAACGCAUUCCAGGAUGUUGCUCUGUGGACUCAGUUUAAGACCGAGGAUGACGUCAACAUACCUGCCAUUUUCUGUCGCUACCCGUUCCUGCUCCCCUUGGUUUACAAGGUGGCGGCCUUUAACAUCUAUGCAGGCAUACGGAAGGGGGCGGAAUGCGUCGCUUAUGACGUGGCCUUGCGGUAUACUGGGGAGUUCCCGUUGGUCGGGUCAGAAUCCCUGGCCCCGGUCUUCCAGCUCACCCUGAGAAGAACCCACCUGGUGGAGGACACCUUCAGGCAGCUCGGGGCCGCAGACCACUGCGCUUUCAAAAGGGAGCUCUUGGUGCAAUUUGCUGACGACCGGAAGUUGACAAAUGUCAACAAAAGAGACUUCUUCCUGCAUGUGUUUGAAGACCUGAUGGCUCCUAAGUCUGAUAUGAUCAUGUACAAUGAGAGCACUACUCUGGCUUGGUUUCCUCCCAAGCCAAAAGUGGAGGAGAAGACUUACUUCCUGUUUGGCGUCCUGUGUGGACUGGCUCUGUACAACCACAACAUCAUCCACUUGCCAUUCCCGCUGGUCCUCUUCAAGAAGCUGCUCAAAGUCAAACCCUCACUGGACGACAUGAAGGAGUUUGAGCCCGUCGUGGCAGAGUCUUGGAGGUGCAUGUUGGACGACUACACCCCCGAUGAAGUCGAAGAGAUGGAGCUUCCUUUCGCUAUGCCUUGGGGGGGUGAAGCAGUUGAGCUGGAUCCAACUGGAAAACUUGUCACAGGGACAAACAGGAAAGAGUUCGUAGACGCCUGCAUCAACUACGCCUUCAACGAAUCAGUGGAGGGAGUGUUUGAAGCUUUUAAGAAGGGCUUCUUCAAGGUGUGUGACAUCGAUGUGGUGGAGUUCUUUCAGCCCGAGGAGUUGCAAUCAGUGACGGUGGGCCAAGAAAAGUACGACUGGGAGGUGCUAAAGCAGAACACUGUUUAUGAAGGCGAAUUCCAUGACCUUCAUCCAACCAUCGUGACCUUCUGGGAGGUGUUUGACAGUCUGACAGCAGAGGAAAAGAAAAAGUUCCUUUUGUUUGUCACAGGAUACAACCGGGUGCCCUUCCUGGGAAUGGAGAGCAUCAAAAUGCAAAUCGCCGUCUUGCUCGACGCCUCCGAGAUCCACCUGCCGACGUCCCUCACCUGCCACUGCCGGCUCCUACUGCCCAUGUACCAGAGGUACCCGGUGGAGAGGACGAUGAAGACCCGCCUCCUGAGGGCCAUUAAUCACAACGGAGGCUUCUGGAGGAAUGUAGAUACUACAGAAUGAAGGCUUCAGUCUAUAUAUUGAGCGUUUUUUUUACUAUUACAGAGAUAAGAGCCAGCAUUUCAACAUGUUCUUGUUUGUGUGAUGAAGGAAAACACUAGUUAUACUUAUUAAACCUACUAAAUAAAUACUUUUUUCUUAA